GUCAUACAAAACUCCUUCUUCCAUUGCUUUCAUGAUCGUAUGCUGCUGCUUCAUCAUUUGGCUCAUCAUCGUCCCAGCGGGAGUAGUACUAGCCUCUACGCCUAGCAAGGAUGGCAGUAAGAUGAAAGUACAUCCACGACCCCCCCCUAAGGCCGGUUCUCGAACUGCUGUGCGCAUUUCCCGCAGCGCUUGUAACUACGGGAACCGUUGUAAGAGGGCAGUAACAGGACAACCCUCACCUACGGCCGGUUCUGCAAUAGGCCGAAGUCCAACUUUGCCAGCCUGUACCUACGAGAACCGUUGUAAACGCGUACCUCCCCCGUAGGUUGGAAAAUCAGAAGCAGCAUUUUCCAUUGAAAUUACAUACGAAUUACCAAGUCAUAUAUUGUGUCCCUUUGCCUGCAUGCAAACAUGUUUGUCUUUGUCCUGUUUUAAUAUAGAGCAA